GUACUAAGAAAAAAAAAUGGAGAAAAUUUCAGCAUUCUUCAUCAUUCUCGUCCUUGUCUCGUCGUGCAUGGUGACAAUGAGUGUUGGAGAUAUAUGUCAAACGGACAGAGAUUGUGUGGAGAUUGGGAUUCCAAGAUGUAAGAAUGGCAAGAUGCCAAUUUGUUACAACGGAUAUUGCAGCUGUUUCGCUAGAAGGCGUUUUACUCCUCCUCCUCCUCCUCCUCCUCCUCCUCACUCUUCUACUCUAAACUCUCCUUCAUCAUCAACCUCGAAAUUCUGAUCUGAUUUCAUAUAUAUUAAUGAAUCUUGAUGCAACUUUUUUUUUUUUUCCCAUGCAGCAUAUUUAUGUUUAUC